AUGUUGAGCCGCUGUUUGCAGUUGGCUAGCUAUGAGACGGCCACUUUGGAUAUCGAACACUGGGAUCCCUUCAUGGAAAGACGUUUGACAAAACGCUUAAGAAGGCCAAGUUGCAAUGGCAACCCGUUGGAUCUCUUGUCACCAGCGGGGAUGGCGACCUUUCUUGCUAUGCAGCUGAUUGCCGCCAAAGGAGGAGUGUGGGUAUUGGAACAGCCCAGUUCCAGCCUAGCAUUUCGAAUGUGGUGCCAUGUGAGCCCCAUCAAAGGCUUCAAUGACCUGUGGGAAGAUGCCAACAUGGAGGAGGCAGCCAGGAGACGAUUGGAAGAGCUGAAGAAGGCCAAGCAAGGAGACUUGCUCACCAAUGCCUGCUUUGCCUGCACCUACAUUAGCCCCUUCAAACGGAGAGAAGGUAGCUGCGGCCAAGCUGCAGAAUGCAAUGGAUGCUGCAUUGCGCCGCAUCUGCUGCCCGAAGCCUGGGUCAGGGAAGAGUUCAAGAAAAACAUCGAGCACAUGCAGAAGAAGCGGGACAAGUAUCAGCCGAAGAUCAAGGAGUACUGGGUUGAUGUGUCUACUACUGGUAGCUAUGAGAAUGAGAACGAGGAAUCGUUUACUGAGCGAACUAUGGGGGAAGGGGUUGCUGACUCCUUUGAGCUGGGGUUGGCACCGGCUGAGUCGACCGCUCAUGAUCCAGGCGAUGCACCUGAAGAGGUGACGGACUUGGAGCAGGUGGAUGACGAUGGGGAUGAGACUGCAUCUUCCAAGUCAAAGGUCCGGGCCAUUGAAAAUGUGAGCACCGUGAUGGCCAACAUGCUCAGAGUGCAGUCGAAAAUGGAAACGGCCAGAGACAAGUUGGCGGCUCUGGGUACCAAUGAAUGCGUAGAGAGCCAAAAGAAAGUCGAAGGAUUCCGUUCCAAUCUGAUGAAGCUUCAUGAUGAUUUGGCCGACCUCAAGUCCUACUUUGAUGGCCAGAAAGAUCGCUUCGAUGAGAAGAAGGUUCAGUGCCUCCACAAUCUUGUGCAGAAGAUCGAGACUGAGCCAACUCCUGAGCCGAAGGUGGUUGUUGAGCAGACCCUUCUGAAACCGAAAGCUCGGCAGGGAGAUGGUCCCGGAUCUGCAUCCCCCGAUGCCGCGCCGAAAGCAUCGGCACAGCCCAAAACCCGAAAGCGUAAGACCGAUCGAUGUGCAGUUGAGACGCUCCAGUGUGCGUGUCCUCCAAGCUCAAAGAGGAGAAGCAAACCACAUGGUCCUGCUGGGAAAGCUUUGGCCGCUGCGGUGGCUGGUGGUGUUUCGGAAACCGAAGCCUGCUCUAUUGCAAGGGCUUUUUGGGAAGAGUUUUCACCACAUCUACGAAACCCUGCCAAGAUUGCUAGUGCAGACCUGGUUCAAAUGGCUGCCAGGCUUUCCAAAACAGGGCACCAAAACAGGUUUGCCAACAGCUUGUCGGACUAUGGCCUAUCAGCCCAGAUACCUUUGACCUAUGUGGAUGUUGGUUUGACGGAAACCCAUCCUACUCUGGCGAUCCAGGAUACCGUUUCCUAUUACGAUAUGUCGGCCAAAUUGGACAUCUUGUUGCAAGGGAAUGGCGAGGCCCAAUUUCAAAAUUUUUGGUCAAAGUGGAGGCUAUUGCAUCCACGCCACCCAAUCUUUGAAACCCAUCGGGGCCGUGAAGGACAAUGUAUUCCUAUAGCUGUUCAUUGUGACGAGGGGUGCACGCUGAAAAAAAAAUCAAUCAUGAUAAUCCAAUACCACUCUCUUAUGGGAAGAGGCACCAGAAAGAGGAAAAGCUCUGCAGAAGAACUUGGCAUUAACAUGACUGGAAACUCAUACACUACGAGAGUGCUAUGGAGUGUGAUGCUGGGUCGCGCCUAUGGUGGUAAAAGGAAGAACCGUCCAUUGCUGAAAUUGAUAUCCCAUUUAUCCACUGAGUUGUCGAAAGCAUUUUAUGACGGCAUUCGUUUGCAACACCAUGAGAUGGGAACCGUUUAUCUCAUCCCGCUCUGUAUGAAGGGGGACUGGCCAGCUCUAAACAAGGUGGGCGGUCUAACCCGCCAUUUUGGCCGCUUGGUGACAUCAGGGGCAAAUGGGAAGGGAAUCUGCCAUAUGUGCAAUGCAGAUCGACCUGGUUUCGAAAAUUGGCAUGACCUAUCGUACGAAAACAUGAUCAAAAUGCAUGAGGAUCCACCCUUGCCAUGGAGGGUUGAGCCUUCAUUGGUCUGCUGCUACGAUCAUGAAUUUUUCGGUGGCCUGUCUUUCGAAGACUUCUGUUCGACAUGUUUUUCGGAGCUGAAGCAGUUUUGCACUACACAGUCGAAGACAUUACAUAUGACACAGUUGUCCCGAGCACUACUGGGAUUUGGCAGGUCCAGUGACUACCCAACAGCGGGAUGGUUCAAGGGCGCGGACACUGUGGUCAUAUUGGAAUUUCUAGAGUCACGCAUUGGAGAAGAGUUGAACAUGAUGAGCGAAUCAUCCAAGCCAGUUUUCCUUGAGAUUCAUGCUACAAUCAGUGCAGCCAAUGCUUUUAUGAAGUGCCUCUACAGAGCUGGGCUUUGGCUUUCCCACGGGGAAAGAGACUUUCUCUUGAAGGCUGGAAGCAGGUGUGUCAAUUUUUUUAGCAAGUGUGCCCUGAGGGCAUACAAUGCCAAUUGCACGCGAUGGAAAUUCAUGCCUAAAUUUCACCUUUUUGGUGAGUGGCUCUUCACUUGGGAGAUGCAAAAACGCCUUGGGUUACCAAGCCCAAAUAUCUUGAUGUUUUCCUGUCAAAUGGACGAGGACUACGUAGGGAAAAUCAGUGCCAUUUCCAGAACGGUUUCAUUGAGGACCGUCCAUACACGGACCCUGUCCCGCUACCUGAUUGCCUUGGUGGCGAAUUGGGAGUGA